AUGUCCUCUACGCCCCUCUACACCAGCGACAAGCCCGUUUUUGACAAGGAGAAGAUCACCGUCAUCUUCGUCCUCGGCGGGCCUGGCGCUGGCAAGGGCACCCAGUGCGACCUUAUGGUUCGCGACUACGGCUUCAAGCACCUGUCCGCGGGUGACCUUCUCCGUGAGGAGCAGGACAGGCCCGGGUCUAAGUACGGUGACCUGAUCCGUGGGUGCAUCAAGGAGGGCCUCAUUGUGCCCCUCGAGGUCACCAUCAAGCUUAUUGAGAACGCCAUGACAGCGACGCUGGCAAACCCGCCUUCCGGGGAGGGUUGGGUCAACGGCAAGGGCCGCUUCUUGAUCGACGGCUUCCCGCGCAAGAUGGACCAGGCGCUUAUGUUCGACAAGGCGGUUGUCGACUCAUCGCUCGUCCUCUUCAUCAACACCACCGAGGAGGUCAUGCGUGACCGCAUCAAGGAGCGCUCCAAGACUUCUGGCCGCGCCGACGACAACGAGGAGUCGCUUAAGAAGCGCUUUGUGACAUACCGCGAGACUUCUUAUCCCGUCAUCGAAUACUACAUUGAGAAGGGCAAGUGUGUGGACAUCAACUCCACGCCCGCCGUCGAGGAAGUAUACACUCAGAUCAAGGAGACUCUGAAGGAGCGCAUGCCCUACCUCUGAUAGAGAACAACCCUAAUAGCUCACGGGGAUGCAUGAAGCAUUCUACCGGAUAUUGUGACAAUGCAAUGCUGAUAAUGUGUGAUUAAUCGAUGUCC